AUACAAAAAAUUUUUCUUUGUCAUAUCGAUCAACUACAUAAUGGUAUUUUACAGAACAGAAAUUGAUAAAAACGGCACAGAAAUUGAUAGGAGCGUUUCUUUAAGCUCUACACGUUCAGCAAAUUCAACAAAACUAAACUCUGGUUCUCAAAAUAAAAACACAACCGUGAGGUUUGUAAACUCAGCUGCGUAUAUUGAGAAAUUUUCAGAAAUGACCUCAAGCAAUAAAGAAGAUAUUUGUCCUCUGGUCGAUACGAAGAAUAAUGACAUCGUGUCGUGCUUGGAGAAACCUACGAAUUAUGUUCCAGGGCUUACCAACUCAGCUGAAUAUAUUGAGAAAACUUUAGAACUAAUUCCAAACAAUAAAGAAGAGACUUGCACUUUUGUUGAUAUGAAAAAAAAUAUUUCAGUUUGUGUGAUAUGA